GACCUCUGCCCCGCGUCCUCCCUCCUCCGUGACUGAAACAUGGCGGAAAGCGAGCUCAACGUUGACAGCCUCAUCUCCCGCCUGCUGGAAGUGCGAGGAUGUCGUCCGGGGAAGAUCGUACAGAUGACGGAGGCCGAGGUCCGGGGCCUCUGCAUCAAGUCCAGAGAGAUCUUCCUCAGCCAGCCCAUCCUCCUGGAGCUGGAGGCCCCGCUGAAAAUCUGUGGCGACAUUCACGGUCAGUACACGGACCUGCUGCGGCUCUUUGAGUACGGCGGCUUUCCACCUGAAGCCAACUACCUGUUCCUGGGCGACUACGUGGACCGAGGGAAGCAGUCGCUGGAGACCAUCUGCCUGCUGCUGGCCUACAAGAUUAAGUACCCGGAGAACUUCUUCCUGCUGCGGGGGAACCACGAGUGCGCCUCCAUCAACCGCAUCUACGGCUUCUAUGACGAAUGCAAGCGCCGGUUCAACAUCAAGCUCUGGAAAACGUUCACCGACUGUUUCAACUGUUUGCCGAUCGCUGCCAUCAUCGAUGAGAAGAUCUUCUGCUGCCAUGGAGGUUUGUCUCCAGAUCUUCAGUCUAUGGAGCAAAUUCGCCGCAUCAUGAGACCUACCGACGUCCCAGACACAGGUUUGCUGUGCGACUUGCUGUGGUCGGACCCCGACAAAGACGUGCAGGGGUGGGGGGAGAACGACCGGGGGGUGUCCUUCACCUUUGGCGCCGACGUGGUCAGCAAGUUCCUCAACCGACACGACCUGGACCUCAUCUGUCGAGCGCACCAGGUGGUGGAAGAUGGUUACGAGUUCUUCGCCAAGCGACAGCUGGUGACGCUCUUCUCUGCCCCGAACUACUGCGGAGAGUUCGACAACGCCGGAGGGAUGAUGAGCGUGGACGAGUCGCUCAUGUGCUCUUUUCAGAUCCUAAAACCCUCGGAGAAGAAGGCCAAGUACCAGUACGGAGGAGUGAACUCGGGGCGCCCGGUCACUCCGCCCCGCACCACUCAGGCUCCCAAAAAGAGGUGAGCAGCUGCAGCAGCGCCCCCUGCUGGCCGCCUCAAACACUCCAGCCUCCUCUACAGCUCGUUCAUGUGUAAACACCAAGUCCUGGAGUGUGUUCUUCUCUCUUCUUUUGCUUGAUGUGGGUAUUUUUAUCAACACGAGUGGUAUUUUAUUCUUUUUUUUUUUUUUUUUAAACGACUCCAUCGUGUGUCAACUCAGUCCAUUCCAGAAUAU